GGUGGGGGCGUCGUCUGCCAGAUCGGCCUGGCGGUGGUUCUCUCUGUCAUCACACUGGCCACCACGUUAUCCAACGCCUUCGUCAUCGCUAUAAUCUCCCAGUCGAAGAAGCUCCAAACUCCGGCCAACUUUCUCAUCGCCUCCCUGGCCGUCACCGACCUGCUGGUGUCCAUUCUGGUGAUGCCCAUCUGCGUCCUGUACACGGUCAUCCACACCUGGACCCUGGGACAGGUCGUCUGCGACAUCUGGCUCUCGUCGGACAUAACGUGUUGCACCGCCUCCAUCCUCCACCUGUGCGUAAUUGCCUUAGACAGGUACUGGGCCAUCACGGACGCGGUGGAAUAUUCCAAAAAGCGCACGCCAGGGCGCGCAGCCGGGAUGGUGGCCACAGCCUGGGUCAUCGCCAUCUCCAUCUCGCUGCCUCCUCUCUUCUGGAGGCAGGUGAAGGCCGAGGAGCUGACCAGCUGCAGCGUCAACACGGACCACAUCUUCUACACCAUCUACUCCACCUUCGGGGCUUUCUACAUCCCCACCCUGCUGCUGAUCGCUCUCUACGGACGGAUUUACGUGGAGGCGCGUAAACGCAUCUUGAAGCAGUCUCCGAAGAAGGUGGGGAAGAGGCUGACCUCUGCGCACUUGGUCACCAACUCCCCCGUCUCGGUGGCGUCCACAGCCUCGGGGAAACACGACACCCUGUCCAGCGACACCGGCUCCUCGGCGAGCGAGAACCAGGUGAAGGUGACAGUGUCGGACGCGCUUCUGGAGAAAAAGCGCAUCUCUGCAGCCAGGGAGAGGAAAGCGACCAAAACUUUGGGAAUAAUCCUCGGCGCCUACAUCGUGUGCUGGCUGCCGUUUUUCAUCUACACGCUGGUGGUGGCGACAUGUGAGAGCUGCUUUAACCAGGACUUAUUUGACUUCUUCACCUGGUUGGGCUACCUGAACUCCCUCAUCAACCCCAUCAUAUACACCAUGUCCAACGAGGACUUCAAGAAGGCCUUUCAUAAACUCGUGCGCUUCAGAUGCUGCAGACGCUGAACGACAACAACGCUCCUCCUGCUACCGCACUUGUUUUUUUUCUUUUUUUUUUUAAACCUCCAACUGAUUAUCUCUGACUCUAGGAUCAAAUACAAGACUCAAUGUGAGCUAUUAAUGCAUGCUAUUGGAAGAACCAUUUAUUUCCAGUAACCUUUUUCCCCCCAUUGUGGAGAUCCAAUAAGUUCAUUUAACCAUAAACAGGACAAAUGGACCAGAAUCAUAAUAUAUCAUUUCCUUCCACAACUGCAGAACAACAAGGGUCACCUUUCCUUUUCUUUCUUUCUUUUUUUUUCUUCUUUAAAUCCGUCAACGGUAAUGUGAAAUUAUGAUCCACCUUUAAUGGGCCAAAGUCUUAAUAGUGUAAAAAUCAAUACUAAGAAGCAAAACUGCAACACUGAACAAGAAAGAAUGAGCGAUAACGUCUCAUCGAUGCUGCUUUUAUUCGACUAUACUGACCUUCAAAAGGAGCAGAACACUGAGUUUUUUUUCUUUCUGUAUGAAUGGCACGAUGGUACAGUACUGCUGAUGGUGAGUCAGCUGCACAGGCCUCAAGUCAGUCUGACCUGACUUGGUGAGACAGAAAGGACAGCGUACACCUUGUCUAUUGAAGAGAAUUUUUUGGAAAAAAAAAAGAAAAAAGAAAAAUCUCAUUACAACAAGCUUUCAACAUAUUAUGGGAAAGUGAUGAGCUUCAGUCACCCUGGUGAAGACGGACACUCCUGCACAUGAACAGAACGCUCAGAAAUCUGCUUGUUGUUCCAGGCAUUACGAAAAAAGAUUAAAACAAUAUCAGCAAAAUACUGUAGCUGAUAUUUACCCAGCAGAUCUAAGCACAGAUGAUGUUUCCACUACACAAACAUCGCCUUGUUAUCCUCUGUGUGUGUGAGUGUGUGUGUGUGUGUGUGUGUGUGUGUGUUUGCCAAAUGUGUUACUGUGUUCACAUAUGAAACCAAUCCUGGCUGCAGAGACUGAUUCAAUGACUCAGAGCUGCAGAAGCAACGAUCAUUCGUGAGCGUUAUGUGAAAUAAUGGAACAGUACGUCAUUGGAAAUUCAUCUGUUCACAUUCAGAGCUGCUGUGCAAUAAAAAAAAAGUCUUUCAAUUGUAUGGUUGGUAG